GUUCAGAAAUAGAACCAUGGGGAUACCGGUAUCGCACAAGGCUACUUGAGGAGGAGCGGCAGAGGAGAAGAGUAUGGGAGACAAGUGUCGAUAAGUGUUUGCUAACAAGUCUGGAAGAAACCUCGGGUGUUCGAGCUUCGGUGCUCAAGAGAAAUGGAGGUUGGACAAGGAAGAAGAUCAACUCGGGUUGGGCUGACUGUUGGGGCGUCCGGAGCUCUAGUGCUGCUAGUUCUUAUAAUGUCUAACUAUCAAGGUCGAGAUGAUCGAAAUUUAAAAGUGAACAAAGACAUCGAUGAGCUUUUGGCCAUCAAUUCGUACCCGAACUAUGGAAAUUACCUGAGCAAGGAUUCAACCGCCUUGAGUUAUGAUUCAAGCGCAAGCAGCCAAGAUAAGUUCAAGACAUUGCAUGCCCUUGCUCAGGCAGCAAAAGAAGAGCACAGGCUUCAUGUGCAAUCGUCAAUGUCCCCUGAUCAGAAGAUAAGUUCAAUAAGCAACCCAAUAUCUCUAUUGAAGAAUCUCGCAAAGGCCCAUGACUCUUCAACCAAUACAAAGAAGUUGAAGCAAGCCAGUGACACUAUCAAACAAGUCAUGGAGCAAUCCUUGAAGGACGAAGAUUUGCGACGGAAGGUACUGAGCGAGGCAGAUUCUGUAAACAAGAAAGAUGGCAGUAGCUGGAAUUCUUUGCUUGCAAACCAGAUUGGGCCUCAUUCUCUUGCUAUGGCAUCUGAUUGGCUUUCAACGGAACUUGCUACGAGCAAAUCCAAAAAGAAAGGCGCAACUUUCGCCCGCGCGCAACUUGCUGCCGCCUUGUCUCAGUUGCGGAGAGCAUGUGAGAAGCUCACUGCUGCAUUGCAGGGGGAAGUCAGCAGUUCGAGAUCAUCGUCUUUGGUUGCCUUCGAAUCUGCUGUGGCAAAGCAUGUUAUGAGCAAUGCGUUGUCAAGCCAUCAAGAAUCGGAUCCUUAUGGUGGAGCAAGUGACGAUUCCUAUUCAUCGUCACAACAGUCGAAGAAUUCCGGCGUUGCGCCAGGACUCAGUUCUUAUGACGCGCAAAUCUUAGCCAACGGGCCUCCGUCAUGA